GAGGGGGGGGGGGGGGGGGGGGGGGGGGGGGGGGGGGGGGGAGGAGAGAGAGAGAGGGAGAAUUAUGUGAAGUGGAAGCAAAAAAUGUUAAUGUCUCAUACAGGCAUGAUGAUUACCUUGUGAGUGAAGAAAAAUGCUUCGAAAAAGACAAGAUAGAGUCAAAGACAAGAAGACCAACCAUCCUUCUCAUGGAGGUCCCCCUCCAAUCCGUUUUCCACUCUACCUAUCAACCAACAUAUAUUACACCCCCCCUUCUAUAUUCAUAUCCUAAGCAAUCCCCACAAUCCCAUCUCCAUCAUCAUACCACCAUUACCAUCUCAUCAAGCCUUCAUCUCUCUCUCUCUCUCUCUCUCUCUCUCUCUCCCUCCCUCUCUCUCCCUCCCUCUCUCUAUAUAUCUCUCCCUUAUCAAUUUCAAACCACUUGCUUGGAUCCCACAUUCGUAGCUCGAUCCAUAUGAGAAAACCGGAUCUCAUGGGAAAAGAUCGAGUACUAAUCAAUAACAACAUUGCUAACAAUAACAACAAGAACAACAACAAUAAGCUUAGGAAGGGCUUGUGGUCGCCUGAAGAAGAUGAGAAGCUCAUGAGCUACAUGCUGAGAAAUGGACAAGGGUGCUGGAGCGAUAUCGCUAGGAAUGCCGGCCUGCAGAGGUGUGGCAAAAGCUGCCGCCUUCGUUGGAUUAACUACUUGAGACCCGACCUCAAGCGCGGCGCAUUCUCACCCCAAGAAGAAGAGCUCAUCAUCCACUUGCAUUCCAUCCUUGGCAACAGGUGGUCUCAGAUCGCGGCGCGCCUACCAGGGAGGACCGACAAUGAAAUAAAGAACUUCUGGAACUCUACCAUCAAGAAAAGGCUGAAAAACAGCUUGCAGACGCACUCGCCCAACGACUGCCAUGAUUCGUCUUUGGAGCCUAGAGUUGUAGUAGAUAACAUCAAUGCCAUGGGCAUGGGCGUUGGAGGAUCAUCAGGAAUGCUGUUGUCCAUGCAUGAACAUGAAAUGAUGAACAUGUACAUGGACUCAUCUUCCUCCUCAUUUUCCUCCAUGAACACCAUGCUAACAAGCAACCACUUAGACAACCCUUUCCCUCUCCUGGACAACCGGCAUGACCAAAUGGUAUUCAGCCUGCCAAACUGCAUGGCAAAACCCGAAAUGACCGAUGAGUUCGACGGACGAUAUGGGGUGACGGGAGGUGGGAAUAUGGGGGUAGAGAGGGAGAUUUCCAUACCGGGAUCACAGAGUAAUAGCACCACUGAGGAGAACAAUGGUGCAACUCAGAAUGAGUACUACACCAUUGACAUGAAAAACAAUAAUAGCAAAGUAGAGGAGAGUGACAACAUUUUUGGAGUGGGAAAUCAUUGGCAAGGUGAGAACAUGGGAAUUGGAGAGUGGGAUUUGGAGGGUUUGCUGGAAAAUGCUUCCUCCUUCCCUUUCCUUGAUUUCCAACUUCAAUAAAACUCUCCUCUCGUCUCCUAGGCAAUUUUGGAGGAAAAGAAAAGAAAAACUAAACAACCCUUAAAAGUUUUGGGUUGUUUAUUUUUUUGAGGGGUGUUGAAUAAGAUUGAAGGUGAGUUUGGGGGGAGAAUUAUUGGGUGAAAAAACAAAGGAAAUAAUAAUGAUUGUUUUUGAGGGAAUUGUGAAUAGAAAUAAUGGAGACUUGAGUUGGAGAAGAGGAAGAAGAAGAAGAAGAAGAAAGAAGAAGAAUAAUGAAGAGUAGUUGGUGAGAAUUGAAGGUUCUUUUUAUGUACAAAGAGGGAACAAGUAGGUUGUAUUACUCAUCAAUAAGAAGUGGAAACUCUCUCUUUCUAAGCAAAA